AGUGCAUGGCCCAAAAUCACAAACACAAAAAUGAAAUAAAUGAGUAAAUAAUAAAAUAAAAAACAUAAGCCAAAUAAAUAUACAGCCCGGGCUCACCCUUGUUACGCAAAUUAGAAAACCAGGUCUUCAUCAUCACCCACUAAGCACGAGCGAUAGAGAGAGAGAGAGAGAGAGAGAGAGAGAGAGAGAGAGAGAGAGAGAGAGAGAGAGAGAGAGAGAGAGAGAGAGGGGGGAACGAUCCACUUCCAUCCCAGCCUGGAGACCAGCGAUUAUGGCACUGCAUAUUUUAAACACCCACUCCGCAACUGUGUCACUUCCGGCAGAACGCAGCUCGUUUGUUUCCACCACAGAAAGUGAGCGCACUUAUCGAUUGCUUUGGGAGCGGCCCUGCCUCCCGCUUGCUACCCCUCUUUUGAGUGCACAAAUCCCACGGUGCCUCACCAAUUGGUGCUCGGUCUGCUCUAUCAACUCGUCGAUUGGUUCCUGGAAAAUAUUGCUUCAUACUCCAUUGUCCCUGCUGCCACUGGGCGAGAUGUCAGCGCUGCACCGUCAGGCGUUGUACGGCUGAACACAUACGGUCGGUCGGUCGUCCGCCCUCGGAUUUGCGGGGGGGGGGGACCCUCAGAAAGUCCACCGACACCAUUGUGGGGCAGAAUUUACGGAUAUCGGUUAGAUGGGAUAUUGAACACUGAGUGGCUCAUCCGAUGUCAUUGGCGGCCACUUUGUUGUGAUUGUUUCCGUCCUGACGCUGCGCACUGGAUGUGGACCGAGCUGAGCAGGAUCCCGUCGACAUUCCUCGGUCUGCUCGCGUUCGCAUGUAUCGGAAAUGGCAACUGCUCUCAGUGGCCGAAAUCCAGGUGGACGUGGACCAAACCGAAGUAAGGGUCGGAUUUUAGGCAUUAUUGAUGCAAUUCAGGAUGCAGUGGGACCACCAAAACAAGCCGCAGCUGACCGACGGACCGUAGAGAAAACAUGGAAACUAAUGGACAAAGUUGUUCGCCUCUGCCAAAAUCCCAGACUCCAGCUGAAAAACAGUCCACCAUACAUCUUGGAUAUAUUACCUGAUGCCUACCAGCACCUACGGCUUAUAUUGUGCAAAUAUGAGGAGAACCAGAGACUCACUCAGCUCAGUGAGAAUGAGUACUUUAAAAUUUACAUCGAUAGCCUGAUGAAGAAAUCCAAACGGGCCAUCCGGCUCUUCAAAGAAGGGAAGGAGAGGAUGUAUGAGGAGCAGUCACAAGACCGGAGGAACCUAACAAAGCUGUCUCUGAUCUUCAGCCACAUGCUGGCUGAAAUCAAAGCCAUCUUCCCUGGGGGACAGUUCCAGGGAGACACCUUCAGGAUCACCAAAGCUGAUGCGGCUGACUUCUGGAGGAGAUUCUUUGGAGAAAAGACAAUAGUGCCAUGGAAAGUCUUCCGACAGUGCCUUCAUGAAGUGCAUCUCAUCAGCUCAGGCUUGGAGGCCAUGGCCCUCAAGUCCACUAUUGACCUCACCUGCAACGAUUACAUCUCCGUCUUUGAGUUUGAUAUCUUCACACGGCUUUUCCAGCCAUGGGGAUCAAUUCUGAGGAACUGGAAUUUCCUGGCAGUAACUCACCCAGGUUACAUGGCUUUCCUCACCUACGAUGAAGUCAAGGCUCGACUUCAAAAGUACAUCAACAAGCCUGGCAGUUACAUCUUCCGACUAAGCUGCACACGGCUGGGCCAGUGGGCCAUUGGCUAUGUGACCAACGACAGCAACAUACUGCAAACCAUCCCCCACAACAAACCCCUGUUCCAGGCCCUCAUCGAUGGCUGCAGGGAGGGAUUCUAUUUGUUUCCCGAUGGCCGCAGCUACAAUCCUGACCUCACUGGCUUGUGUGAGCCCACCCCUCAUGAUCACAUCAAAGUCACACAGGAGCAGUAUGAGCUGUACUGCGAAAUGGGCUCCACUUUCCAGCUGUGUAAGAUCUGCGCCGAGAACGACAAAGACGUCAAGAUCGAGCCCUGCGGUCACCUGAUGUGCACGUCUUGUCUCACUGCCUGGCAGGAGUCAGACGGCCAGGGCUGUCCAUUUUGCCGCUGUGAGAUCAAAGGCACAGAACCCAUCAUCGUGGACCCCUUUGACCCACGAAAUGAGGGGGCCAAGUGCUUCUUUCUGGACCAGUUCAGUUGCCCCAUGCUGGACCUGGAUGAUGAGGAGGACCGAGAGGACUGCCUGGUCAUGAAUGGACUAGCUAACAUUAGAAAGUGCACUGAGCGCCAGAACUCCCCCAUGGUGUCUCCCACCUCGUCCCCCGUGUCCCAGCGCAGGAAAGCCUAUGGAAUGGAAAGCCAAAGCCUCUGCGUGCAACACCUGGGCCUGCCUCCCGUACCCCCACGCCUCGACCUCAUCCAGAAGGGCGCCAUUCGCUCCCCAUCCGCCAGCCCCACCGGCUCCCCAAAGUCUUCACCAGGCAUGUCCAGGAAGCAGGACAAGCCCCUUCCUGCCCCUCCGCCCCCCCAGAGGGACCCACCUCCUCCACCACCCCCGGAACGUCCUCCUCCCAUCCCCCCGGAGACACGUCACUCCUGGCUUGCCAAUUCCUCUUCCUCUUCCUCCUCCAUCUCCUCCGUUGGCGGACAAUCAGACUCCCAGACAGCCCCCGAGACGUGGAGCGGCAAAGACGGUCACCUCAUAGAUCCCCACAGGUCUGGGGGUGAGCACUCAGCCCAACUGGGACUCCCUGCACCUCCUUCUCACCUCAAUGGUAGACCCCUCAGUUGCCCUACUGGUAGUGUUGGGAGGCUGCAUCACAGGACGGAGGGCACAGGCAACUCGGAAAGCUCCAAAGCCCUCUCCAAUGGUCAAGUCAGUGAUGAUUAUGAUAUCCUUCCAUCACGGCACUCUCCACCUCAGCCCACCCUUGUUAACAGCCACAAAUGUAAGCACAUUGAAUUCAGGUGCUGCGUCUGCACGUGUUUCUCUGUUCUCUACAUCUUUGUGCCUACCAUUGCCAGCUCCUCUCUGGCAGUGGCCCAUGAGGAGGUUACUCACAUUUUGCAGCAGUCAGUGGAGGAUCCCUUCAACAGCCGCCCACCAUCCCAGCCCCCACCUUUGCCUCCGGCGAGACACAGCUUCACAGACUUCUCCUCCACUUCCUCCACUUCCUCUGCCUCCGUCAUCUCCCGCCCCCACAGACCUUCCUCUGGACACGAGCACUUGCUUUUAACCCCUGACACUGUGUUUGACAUGCUGAACAACGCUGCGCCUCUGCCACCACUCAGAAGACAGGCAGGAGACAGUGUCAAAGGCCUUCCUAGAGGCUGCCUGGAGUAUGACCAUUUGCCAGGCACACAAGUUGCUACGGACUGUCUGCAGGCGCCUGCAAGGCCACCUAAGCCCCUUCCAAGGAAGAUCCCCCCAGAAAUCCAGCAGGGAAAGCCCCACACCUUGGAAUCGGCGAGUGAAAAUGUGGAUGCCAAGAUCGCCAAGCUAAUGGGAGAGGGUUACUCCUUUGAGGACGUCAAGCGGGCGCUAAUGAUCGCCCAGAACAAAGUGGAGGUGGCCCGGAAUAUUCUGAGAGAGUUUGCCUUGGUGGCCCCCAGAAUCAACCUUUAGUCCGAGAGACAGCAGGAAAGCUGUGUCUCUGAACGAGACGACCCAGAAGGGCUUCUUCUGCAGUCUGCUCGGCCUUGGAAUUUAAAAGAAACAACAGGGACUCCAGAAAACCACACAAUAUUUAAAGGGAGACUUGCCUUUCUUUGAGAGAUGACAAUACACAACAAUGUGGCUCAAAACCAAACCUGAUGGUGGCAGAGUGGAGAGAAACGAGGGAGAAUCGAGUGUCUGUGCAAGACAACGAUGUGUAAAUCUGUGAAAAAAGAAGAAGAACCUGGCUUGUUGUUUACUGUGAGCUUUGCCGGUGCUGGCCUCUGGUUUCUAAACGCUCCUGUUUCCAGUGUGUCAUGAGGCCUGGGCCUCCACAAACUCCUCACCCUGCUGCUGUUACUGUUCUCCACCUCCUGCCCCCUCCCCCACACAUCUGAUUGGAAAAGCAUUUCUUCACAAGAUAAUGUGUUCAUCACUGAGAAAGGUGCCCUGUGUCCAAUAUGCAUAUUGUUGAAGACAUUUUUAUUUAAGCCAACAGGGGGAGCCAGACUGUCAUGUUUUGUUUUUUUAAUGGACCCAAUUCAUGUCCACUGGUGUCUAUAUACCUUCUGUCUCUGAUGUUUAUUUUUCUUUAUUGUGUUCCUCCACUUAACUCUUGUUUCACCUCCCAUCUAUGUCCACCUGUCAUGUGACUGCUGCAGGGCCUGCUGCAGGGCCUGAGACAGUACUUGAUGGCGUGCCUGGCGUGGAGCUGACUGGUACACAGUACUUGAUGGUGUGCCUGGCGUGGAGCUGACUGGUAGGGUUUAACAAGCGAGACAAAAGGCUGUGGAAUUAGGGGAGGGAGGCGUAGCCGGAGCUGUGACACCGUCUGUCUUGCCUUAUCGAUCCCCGGUCCUGCCAGACCGGGUGAACAUUAUGAGACCGUUCCACACAUGCCUCUUGGUUAGCCUCAUUGUGAGUACACAGGAAGACAGGAAUGUGAGCGCUGUGGUGGGGAGGGUAAAAAAAAUGUGUUUUCCAUUUCUGCUCCAAGGUCACAGCUUCAUCAGUUACACGACUUUGCGUGGCGGACAACUCGCCUAUGAAUGUAUUUGCUCUGCGUGAGUGAGCUGUCAUUUUUUACACUCUGAAGAUUCACUCAGGCCAAAGUAAGCCCUGAAACGAUGCAGAAAUGGGUCUUUUGUCUUGGACUUUACGCGUGUCCGAGUCCAGUGGACAUGUGGUACAGCAGCAUGUGUGUGUGCUCGUGUCUGUAUGGACCUGCAUCUCGAGACAUCAAAUCAUUUAAAUGAUUAGCGGAACUGUUGUGCACACCAGGAACAGCCAGAAACCGGACUCGUUCCUAAGCCCACACCACACGCACUGCAGUCACGCUCUGCACCGCUCACUGGCGUCCUGGCCGUCAUGUGACACACACAUGACAGCUGUCAGUCUUGAGACAUUUGAGAAAUCAGGUGGUUAAAUGGACUGCAUUUAUAUAAUGCUUUACAACCGAUGCCUCACAUUUUACACACACACACACACACUCGUACACCACUGGCGGUGUCAACCAUGCGAGGUAACACACAACGACCUCAUUGGGAGCAGUUAAGGGUUACGUGUCUUGCUCAGGGACACCUCGACAUUUUGGGCGGGAGGAGUCGAGGAUCGAACCGGUAACCCUCCAGUUACCGGACGAGCUGCUCUUCUUCCUGCUGAGAGAAGUUGUUUGCCAUGCAUGGCACGGGGUGCAUUUUACCCUGUAAGACCUUUAGAAAGAAAACAGCAGCAGGCUGUCUAGAUGCAGACGGGGAGGAGUAACGCAGUUGCUAUGGCGAUGGGUUGGCAUUAAUCAGCUGACCUCUGAACCUGCAGUCAUUUGUUUUGCUUUGUUUCUGCCCCCUACUGGCUGCAAGAAGACUCCUCAAUGCCUUGUGCUGGACCCGUGGUAAGAUACAAAGCAGUGAUAAGUUGAAUUUGUUUUCUGGUUCUUGGGGCUGGUGUCCAGACUGGCUGUAGUGGUGUACCAGGGGUGAGGUCCUCCAUCAGGGCCACUUGACCCACACUGCGUGGCCAGAGGGCCGGCAUCAGGCGCAGGGGUGAAGCCAUGCUUGGCGACAGGAGGCUUAACCGUGGGCAACGCUGCUGCCAGUGAAAGUGAUCUGGCAGGCCGGGCUCUCUAAGGGGUAUGACGCACCCUUACUGUGGGUUUUCAGUGAUCUGGGUUGUAUCUGAUGCAGACUCAGGCCAAGCCACCAUGCUGCGCUGUAACUAAGGGUCUUGUGGAAGCUGUGCGCCUUCACUCACUUGAAUCUCCUUUUUACAUACAAAAUACUUCACCAGACUUUCUUUUGGCUGACUUGAAACCUGAUUACCUAAAUGUGUUGUCUUCACGCCUAGUGGCCAUGGUCAGAUGGAUCCUAGCUAUACUGUCUUCACGCCUAGUGGCCGUGGUCAGAUGGAUCCUAGCUAUACUGUCUUCACGCCUAGUGGCCGUGGUCAGAUGGAUCCUAGCUAUACUGUCUUCAUGCCCUAGUGGCCGUGGUCAGAUGGAUCCUAGCUAUACUGACUUCACGCCUAGUGGCCGUGGUCAGAUGGAUCCUAGCUAUACUGUCUUCACGCCUAGUGGCCGUGGUCAGAUGGAUCCUAGCUAUACUGUCUUCACGCCUAGUGGCCGUGGUCAGAUGGAUCCUAGCUAUACUGUCUUCACGCCUAGUGGCCGUGGUCAGAUGGAUCCUAGCUAUACUGACUUCACGCCUAGUGGCCGUGGUCAGAUGG